CAUACGGUUUCCCCAAAAAAAAAAAAAAAAAGUGUAAAUUUCAAAUUUCAACUAAAUCCUUCUCCUUUUCCUCUUUAGGUCCCAAAGAUCUUCACCUUUAGAGCUGCGAAUCCUCAGAUUAAUUCGCGAAAACCUUCUCUCUUGCACAGAUCCUUGGUUAGUUAGCAGUUGCAGUUCAAUGGAGUUUUGAUUGCGGCACGCAUUUCGAGUGUUUGAUGGAUUCGGAUAACCUAGUAGCUAUUGAGGGGCUGGAGGUUGCCCAUCAAAAUGGUCUUAAUGAGCAACCUAUUAUCCCAGAGGAAGAUGAUUUCUUCCCAGUUAAUGUGAAUGGAAAUGUUGAGAAGGUGAUGGUGACUGAUACUGACAUACAAAAUGGGAAUCUAGAGUGCAUCUCUGCUGGUGAACUGAAGGAAGGAUCAAAUGACUUUGCACAAAGCAAUGGUCUGACUGUUUCUAAGGAAGGAGUGAAAGGUGCAGACAACCUGAAGAAAUCCAAACCACAUAAGGUUCAAGACAAGAGCAAGAAUGAGAAGCACUUGGGUUCAAACAAUGACUCAUCAAGUUUGGUGAAGAAAGGCAAUGAUGGAAAAAGAGCAGAGGCCACAUCUACUGCUUCAAAUGGUUUGGUUACUAGGAGUUCGCUUCAAAAACAGCCUGAUAAAAGCCAAUCAAUUAAUGACAGGCAGGCAGCCAAGCAAUCUGAAAAGCUAGACGUAGCUUAUCCUGAAGGCCUCGAGGAGAAGACAAGGCUGAAACCUUUGAGGAAAGAACCUCUUGAUGAAGCUGAAGGAAUCCCACAAUCUUUUCCCAAAGCAGAGGAUGGCAAACCACGCAGGAUGGGUGCUCUUCCCAAUUAUGGUUUCAGCUUUAAGUGUGAUGAACGAGCUGAGAAAAGGAAAGAGUUCUAUUCUAAACUAGAGGAAAAGAUCAAUGCAAGAGAGCUAGAGAAGAGUAGCUUGCAGGCAAAGUCCAAGGAGACACAAGAAGCUGAAAUUAAGAUGCUAAGGAAGAGUUUGAACUUUAAAGCAACUCCUAUCCCCAGCUUCUAUCAGGAACCUCCACCUAAGGUGGAGCUAAAGAAGAUACCACCAACAAGAGCUAAAUCUCCAAAACUGGGUCGGAGGAAAAGCACAACUCCUGCAGAUUCGGAAGGUAACAUUAGCAAUAGCUGCCCAUCAGGCCGACUAAGUCUUGAUGAGAUGACUUGUCAGAGCAACUCUACUAAAGGAAUUUCUCCUGUCCAGUCAAAGAAGCCACAGCGGAUGUCACUUCCUAAACUGCCUUCUGAAAAGACUAGGUUGUCCAGUGCAACUAAACAAGGGAAGACGACUCCAUCUAAGGCAAAGAGUGAGGUGAAGGCAGCCUCAUCAAAGGCAGCCAAUGAAGGAAAGACAAAGUCUGAGGAGAACGCUGACUCCACAAAUGAGGAGAACUCUGCCUUGUCUGGUGUUACAGAUGAAGGAGCAUGUGCUAUCCAAGAGCAGGAACCAUUAGUUUCUACAGCUGUCAUGUGAAAUUUGGCCCCACAUUUACAAAGGCUCAGAGAAUGAAGAGCACAUUCAACUGGGAUCUAUCGAAAUUGCGGCAAUGAGGAAGGCAGUGGUACUUUGAUCACAUUCAAAGCCCUUGAAUCAUUUUGCAUAAAUAAAGGCUGUGUAAUAGUCAAAAUUUGUUGAUGGUCAAUGCAUGAAAGAUGCUACGUUGUGGAUUGUGAUGUCGUCUUGUUCAUGGUCGGGGCCUCAUUGGUUCUUCUGUUUGUUGCUUGCAAAGAUUGGUGAGGUUGUCAUUUAGAUUCUGCUUCCCUAUUAGCAGGCACUGUGUCGUCAUUUGCCGUAUUAUCAUUCUGCUAGGAUUUUAAGCAUGGUGUAAUGAAAAUAUUUUGAAAAUUUAGACAGUCCAUUGUCAGAAAGGACUUUUUCAAACAUUUUCUGUUGAACAGCUGCGUAUUGUUAAUGAAGUCGAUCUUUCAGGUUCAUGGUAUACUACAUUGCAUCAUUGCAUGAGGACCAACGUGGUACCUUGUUUGGACUUGGAAGAAGAGAGGAAGUAUUCCUUGCGUGAUUUGUUUUCUU